GUAUAGCUGGAAUGCGAAGGAGGCUGGGCUGAGAGCGAGCGAGCGAGAUCCAGCUACGCCUUUCUCUCAGCUCCUGAAGCCUAGGGGAGUUAUCGUUUCAGGGUUUGGAAGAAGAGGGGUAAAAACAGGAAAGGACAAGUGGGAAGGCUAAUCAACCCCCUCCCCAGCCCUCCCUGCUCCUCCGAGCAGAGCAGGGUCACUCGCAUUUGUAGACGCUGGGGGAAAGAGGAUAUAGGAAGACGAAGCGCUUGCCCCCCAGUUUCCCGUCAGCAUCCCGGGCAAGAGGCACAGGAGCUGUUCUUCAGCACCGCGGAGAAAUCGGUGCAGGGGAGCUGUCCAGAUCAGCACCACCACGUUAAUGCAGUAGGUGGGAAAGGAACUAACAAGGGAAGAGAGACAGAGGCAGCAAAUCCUGCAGCAAGGCACCGGUUCCCUUCUUUUCAGAAGCUUUGCCAAGAGGAGGAGGGAAAUCCGUCUCGAGUCUCUGGGAGAAACCCCCCCUCCCUUGCCCACUUUACCAACAACAACAACUGCUGCUGCUGCUGUGGGGAAAGCCAUGGAAGGCAAGACCUCAGCACCUGUGCCGCUGAAAUCAAGGGCUCACAGUAUAUUGGGAAGUCUGGUUUGGUGGUAGGAAAAAAGAAAGGACGAAAAGGAAGGAAGAAUUUGAACCCCCCCAAAAAGCCAACCCCCCAAAUCCCAGGAAGAUCACCGAGAACAAAAAGGAUUUUCAUGGCGCAGGCUGCAGAGCUAAGCAAGACGCCUGAAGGUUGCAUCUCUGCUCUUACAAUCUCUAACUGUCUAGGUCCAGAGAAUGAGAGAUUGUGCUGAGGAUGCCGCUGCUCCCCUGUUCACUGUGGAAGCCAUCUCCAAAUUAGCCAUUACAUAUGGAAACUGGAGACCAGAAUUUUAGAAAAAGGGAUUAAGGCAUCUCAUUUUGGGGGGGGUUCUCGCUUUAGUCUUUUUUGUUCUUUUCUUUUGCUUUUCUUUUUCUUUCUUUUUUAUAUUGCAACCGGAACGUUUCUGAUUUAAAAGGCAAGCCUCUUCCCGUGUGGUCUUUAUAAUUUACACUGUUUUCCGUGGGCUUUCUUACCUCCCUUUUUGAUAUCUCUCUCUCUAUAUAUACACCCAUUAUAUUAGUAGUGGAAUUAUUAUUUUAUUAACACAUACACCCCAAGAAUCAGAAGGCGGUUGGGUAUUUGUAUAAUGAAGAAUUAUGGGGCUCUUUGACAGAGGUGUUCAGAUGCUUUUAACCACCGUUGGUGCUUUCGCUGCCUUCAGCCUGAUGACCAUAGCUGUGGGGACCGACUACUGGCUUUACUCCAGAGGGGUUUGCAAGACUAAAAGUGUCAGUGAGAACGAAACCAGCAAAAAGAACGAGGAAGUCAUGACCCAUUCUGGAUUAUGGAGAACCUGCUGCCUGGAAGGGAAUUUUAAAGGUCUGUGUAAGCAAAUCGAUCACUUCCCUGAGGAUACAGAUUAUGAAGCUGACACAGCAGAAUAUUUCCUCCGGGCUGUAAGGGCCUCUAGUAUUUUCCCGAUCCUGAGUGUGAUUCUGCUUUUCAUGGGUGGACUCUGCAUUGCAGCCAGCGAGUUCUACAAAACCCGACACAACAUCAUCCUUAGUGCCGGCAUCUUCUUCGUGUCUGCAGGUCUGAGUAAUAUAAUUGGCAUCAUUGUGUACAUAUCAGCCAACGCUGGAGACCCCUCCAAGAGCGACUCCAAGAAGAACAGUUACUCCUAUGGUUGGUCCUUCUACUUUGGGGCCCUGUCCUUCAUUAUAGCUGAGAUGGUUGGAGUUCUGGCCGUCCACAUGUUUAUUGACCGGCACAAACAGCUGCGUGCCAACGCUCGUGCCACGGACUACCUCCAGUCCUCCGCCAUCACCCGCAUCCCCAGCUACCGCUACCGCUAUCAGAGACGCAGUCGCUCCAGCUCCCGUUCCACUGAGCCUUCACACUCCAGGGAUGCCUCGCCCGUCGGGAUCAAAGGGUUCAAUACCCUCCCAUCAACGGAGAUCUCGAUGUAUACCCUGACCAGGGACCCCCUGAAGGCUGCUACCACCCCCACCGCCACCUACAAUUCCGACAGGGAUAACAGUUUCCUCCAGGUUCACAACUGUAUCCAGAAAGAGAACAAGGACUCUAUCCACACUAACACAGCCAACCGCCGGACCACCCCGGUAUGAAGCCACCGCCAGGAGCUGAAAAUGGGGAAGGAGCAGGCGGGAGGUGGGGAGGAAACAGAAGAGGAGGAGCAGGGGCACCAGGGCGGGCAGGGGAGGGAGAAGAGAAAGCAACCAUGGGGGAAACCUUCCAAAAGCAAAAAACAAAAACAAAACAACAACAACAAGAAAAGAAACAAAAGAAAAGAAACGACAAUGACAAAAAA